CUAUCUCAUUGUUUUGUUCUCUUCUAUCAAUUCUCAAUGACUCAAUCUAUUUUAAUUAUUUACUUUUUGAGUUUGGUGGUGUUCGUUAAUGGCGGCGUUCCAUUUGAGUUCUUCCAAUUCGUGGAACAGUGGGGGCCGAAUGUAUGUAAUACUGGCGCUCGUGUCUCUCCAUGUCAUACUCCGCCUCAAGCCAAGUUCACUAUUCAUGGCUUGUGGCCAAGUAAUCACAGUAAUGCUCAUCUUCUUUGUCAAUCAAUAACGAAAUAUACCAAGGUUUUAUUACUUGAAAGACAACUGAAUAUAUCUUGGCCAGAUUUAAAAGGUGGGAUGAACAAUGAAUUUUGGACUCAUGAAUGGAAUUUUCAUGGAAAAUGUUCAGAUCCUCCUUUUAGCUUAUUUCAAUAUUUUCAAAUGUCUUUGAAUCUUCUACAAAAAUUUGAUGUGUUGGCCAUCUUAAAGGCUGCCGGGCUCAACCCUCAAACCUCCCAAAACAUUGGAAUCCAAAACAUCAUGACCCCUAUUCAAAGGACAACCAAAAAGUAUCCUGGCAUCCGCUGCUACAAAAAUGUUAAAACGGGCAAGUCGCAGUUGAAUGAAAUUGUACUGUGUUUGGAAAAAGAUGGUGCUACCCUCAUCGACUGCCCUACAUUUGUUAGUAGCACUUGUGCAAAAUCAAUUGUAUGGUAGAAAGUUGGUUUAGGAUGUACUUAAAAACAAACUAUUAUAUACUAAAAAAUAAUAAAUAACAUUUUCGUAUUAUUAUGAUGGGAUGUUGGUUUUUGGUAACUUGAGAGAA